AAUUGGGGAAAAGUCCUAAGUGAAAGAGGAUCGAAUCCGAGGUCGAGUUGUUGCGCGCGUUGCAUCAAAUACCUCUAUAGCUGCGCGACCCGCUGCGCUCAUGUUUCAUGUCUCUCUAUAUUCCCAUUCCUGAUGCUCUCCCUCUUUUUUCUCGUCUCAUCCUCUCCCUCUAGGACACCAACCGAAACUAGUCCAAAUCCGGAUCGCGACGAGUUAUCUUCUUCAUUUUUAUCACACCUCCCCACACACCUCAUAUCCCCUUCUCUUCAAGUCGCAAUCACUGAAAAGAAAAAAAAAUAAAUAAAUACCAAAAAGAAGAAGAAGAAGAAGAAGAAAAAGAAGUUUUCAAAUUACGAAAAGCAAACAAGUGUGGGAGAAAAAAAGAGAUAAAAAUGGCAGAUGAAGAGCACGCGGAUGCAAUUCCAAGUAUCGUGGAAUUAAACGUUGGUGGUGUUUUUUACACAACGACAUUGUCAACAUUGACAAGUGAAAUUGAUUCGAAUCUAGCGGCAAUAUUCACGGAGAAAUUGAAAUUAAAAAAGGACGCGAAGGGGAAAUAUUUCCUCGAUCGUGACGGUGUUCUAUUUCGUUAUGUAUUGGAUUUCCUGAGGAAUCAGGCACUUGUAUUGCCCGAGGGUUUUCGAGAGCGUGAUAGACUUUUGCAGGAGGCGGAUUUUUAUGGUCUCGAGAGACUGAAGAAGGCUAUUAACGAGCAUGAUGAUUCGGGAUCAACAGUUGUUGCAGCAACAACAACAACAACAGCAGCAGCAGCAACAGCGACAAGUUUGGUAUCAUCAAAACGUGGUUAUAUUACCAUUGGUUAUCGUGGUAGUUUCGCAUUUGGUAGGGAUGGUUUGGCAGAUGUGAAAUUCCGGAAAAUAUCGAGGAUCCUCGUUUGUGGACGUGUGCAAUUAUGUCGCGAUGUUUUCGGUGAAACGUUGAAUGAGAGUCGUGAUCCGGAUCACGGUGUUUCGGAUCGUUAUACGAGUCGGUUUUUCCUCAAGCACAGCUAUAUUGAACAGGCUUUCGAUAUGCUUCAGGAGCAGGGUUUUAAAUUGGUGGCGAGUUGUGGCUCGGGUACUGCCGGUGGCAGUGCUGAACAGUUAAAGCCCGGAGUUGAUUUAGAGGAAAAUCGCUGGAAUCAUUACAACGAGUUUGCCUUUGUUCGAGAUUAAGAGCCGGAGACGAAGAAGGGGGAGCAAAGGGCGAAGGGAAAUGAAAAUAACUAGAGGAAAUAGAGGAAAAGAAAAGGUUUUAAUUUUAAUUCAAAAACAUAAAAAUAAAGGAAAAUAAGAAUUGGAAAUGAAGAAAAAAAGAAGAAAUGGAAACAAUAAAAAUAAAAAAUGAAGGUAAAGAAGAAGAAAAAAUGGAAAUAAAGGAAAAGAGACAAAACUAGUAAAUAAAAGAAAAAAGAACAAGACAAAAAAAAGAAAAGACAAACCGAGUUUGUUUUAGUAAAAUCAACGAUUAUUUUCAUUUUUGUUCUACACUUUCAUAAUCAUCAUCAUCAUUGAAUUUUGAGGAAGAGAAAUUAAAUAAAUUCAAGAAGAGAAAUUAAAUAAAUUCAAGAAGAGAAAUUAAAUAAA